AUGUUCACCCAUCAGUUCGUGGCCGGAAAGAGGCAAAAGAAGACAAGCUUGCACCUCAUGGGGGUCAAACAAGAAAAGAAUGAAAGUCUAGCCGACUACAACAAAAGAUUCAAUGAAGAAUCUCUAAAGGUGUCCGAUCUGCAGGAUGCAGUAGCGUUCGCCACUCUCAUGUCCGGGCUGCAGCCUGGCCGUCUCAGAUGGACGUUAGCCGAAAGCGAGGUCAAAACCUUCUCAGAGGCCAUGGCGAAGGCCCAGAGAUUUAUCCAAGAAGCGGACAUCUGUCGUCACUCGGAAGAAGGAAGCAAGAAGAGAAAAGAAGAGGGCAGCCAUAGGGAUCAGCCAAAACGACUAAAAACGGGUGGUAGGUCAGACAGAUUUACAGACCAUGGGAACGACCCCCGUUUCAAUAAGAAUCGGAGAGAAAUCUUUUUGGACAUCAAAAACAAGUCUAUGUUACCUCAUCCCCCGCCUAUCCGAACCUCGGCCUAUCGGCGAGAUAAGAGUCAGUGGUGCGAGUACCACCAAGAAUGUGGUCAUACCACAAAAGAUUGCAGAGAGCUGAAAAAAGAUCUGGAUAAUCUGGCUGACCAGGGGAAACUGAACCGCUACCUCAAGCACACCAGCAAAGAGAAGGGGAAGCAGAAGGUCGGUCAGUCUAAUAGUGGGGAUACAGAGGGUUUCAUCGGUGUUAUAGCAGGUGGCUUCGCCUCAGGAGGCCUAACCGGCCGAGCUAGGAAAUCCCACCUCCAAAACCUUAAGCAUCAAGUACUGGAAGUCAAGCAGAGCCGGUCGGACUGCCCCAUAAUGACGUUUGGAGAGUCCAGCCGGUCGGUAAGCGUACCCCACGAUGACACCCUGGUCAUCGAGCUCAAAGUGGCCAAUUCCCGGGUGAAGCGUGUGUUGGUUGAUAGUGGGUCAUCAGCUGACAUUAUCACGCUGGACUGCCUGAAAAAGCUGAAGUACUAUGAGAAGGAUGUUACACUCCUCGACCAGCCACUCAUAGGCUUCGGGGGUAACUCUGUGCAUCCGGUUAGAUCGAUUAAGCUCCCCACUCGGAUGGGCGAGAAGGGCAAAGGAAGAAGCCUACCGAUUGACUUCCUAGUGGUCGACAUCCCCCUACCAUACAACAUAAUAAUGGGGCGGCUUACUCUGAACAAAACAAAAGCUGCCAUCUCUACCUACCAACUCCUUAUGCAGUUCGAAACAGAUGAAGGGAAGGUCGGAAAAAUACUGACAGGCUAA